AUGGGAGCUAACAAUUCUUCAGAGUAUCAAGAAAUUAGCAUAAGCAGAUGCGGGGUAAGUGAAAUUGAUGACAAUCUUCAAAAAGUUCUAUCAAUUCUAAAUAGACUGCUCAGAAACCUAAGGGAUUUAGAAGAUUAUGCUAGAUUAUUUAAAAAUUCUGUAGGACUACCAGCAAAACCAGAAAGCAAUCUUCUCGAUGCCAUUAAACUUAUGGUCAUUUGUUACUCUGCUAGCUGCGGUGGAGAUUUUUCAAGGAUUAAUUUAAUCCAUAUUGAUUCGAAACCUUAUAUCAACAUAAGCAAGGCAUCUCUGAGAAGAGAAUAUUGGGAUAUUUAUGACAACUGGAAUAAUUUUUGCAGACUACUUGAAGACACUGAAUCUUUAGCAAAAGAGCAAGAAAAUAUGGGCGGUUUCGAUGCUAAUUUUGACUUUGAAAAAUUAUCAGGAUGGCAUAAGACGAAGCUGAUAUCUUGGGGUUUAUUUAAUCUUAAUAAAAUAAAAAAGCUUGAGAGCACUAUAGGAAAUAUUGACAGAUUUAAUGCUAAUAUGAAAAUAGAUGAAAUUCCAAGUUUCAUAUCAAGGAUUUUCGAAAGUGAUUACGCAGAAAUAUGCGAAGCUGGAAGAGAAGCUGCUCGUGAGUAUAUGUUCAAUCCAAAAAGAAUUUGUGACAAAUUUUUGCCAAGAUUGAAAUCUAUUUCUUAA